CUCUCUCUCUUUUUUUUUUUUGUUUUUUUUCCUUCAACCAUUUUGGAUAUGGAGUCAUCAGAAUCUCUUGAUUUGACCACUUUUUUUGAUGAAGUCACGACUUUGAAAACUUUACCUCUAACUCUAGUAGAAUGGCAACGAGAAUACAAUGAAAGGUUAGGAUUAUCUGUCAACACAAGUGGAGAUGAUAAUGCUGCGAAUUUACCUUUACAUCCUGUCACUCUUGAAAACGAAUUGAAGACCUAUAUGGACUUUAUUGAUAAAAUCAAGACGAGUUAUCUUUUGUUGGAAGCCAAGUCUCGGUUUUUGUCCAGUAUUCUUCAAGAUCCUCCAAAACAACUAGAACCCAAUGAAGUACAGCGAUUAGUUGACUCAAAUAUCAUUCUAUUAGAAGAGUUUACUGGUCUACAAAACCAUUCCCAGAAAUUGAAACGGGAUAUAGCCAAGUUGAAUUUCACUAAUGAAAAAGGACGUCAAUUAUUGAACAAUCGAAUAGAAGAAGUGACCAAAAUCAUGGAUGAUAUUCAUGAACAGAAAGCAGAAUUGACUCGAUUACAAGCUGUCAAUAAUCGACAUGCAACAACAAGAACGCCAGAGGAAGCAAGAGCCAUAUUGGAUCAGCAGACGAAAGAGAUGGCAGAAAUUAAUAAAACAAUGGAUAUAAAACGUGACGCUGUGGCAGAACUGGAAUGGCGAAUCGAUGAUGAAAUGCAAGAAAUCAAUAUGUUGGAAUCAAAAUUACGACAAGUAGAAGCCCAAGCUAAAGAAGCAGUGGAGAAAAGUGAACAAAGGGAUUUGCCUGCUGAAGAACAAGGCUUAUGGUACAUUCAAAUGACUACAUUAUGUAAUAGUAUGUUUGGUAUUAGCAAGGCAAACUUUGAUAUCAAUUUGAUUCAAGUGGAUUAUUCAACCAAUGAUCAAUUAUCAAUCGAAUUGGAUCCUAUCAAUGAAGUGAUAACUGAAAUAUCGUUGAACAAUGAAGAUAUCGAUAUUACUGAUUUGAAGAAGAUGGGAAAUGGACGUCAUAUCAAGGACGUUGGAUCAACUAUUGUACUGGAAACCUUGGCAAGAGUGAAACAAAUAUAGAAUCAAUCAAACAUAGUAGUUUUUCUUUUUAUACACAAAGAUAUAUAUAUGUAAUAUAUCUAUAUUCUAUAUUUACCAUACCACACACCUUAUUCAGCUUCUCUUUGUAUUUCUUUUCUUUUUCUUUUUAUUA